CUCGGCAUGGCAAGUGCUUUAGAGACCCUAUGUGGCCAGGCCUACGGUGCAAAACAAUACCACAUGCUUGGAGUGUACCUUCAGAGAUCAUGGAUUGUCCUAACAAUCUGCUCCAUCUUUCUAGUUCCUCUGUUCAUCUUCACUGCGCCACUUUUAAGGGCCCUAGGGGCAGAUAAACUUGCAGAGGUCGCUGGAGAAAUUUCACUUGGGUUGAUCCCGAUCCUCCUUGCCUUCGUCAUAUCUUUCACCUGCCAAAUGUUUCUCCAAGUGCAGAGUAAGAACAUGAUCAUUGCAUACACAUCGGCAUUAUCAGUGGUGGUUCAUUUGUGCCACUCGUGGCUAUUGAUUGUGAAAUACAAGUUUGGAAUUCUGGGUGCUAUGACUUCCACCAUUUUGGCAUAUUGGAUUCCUAAUAUAGGACAACCCGUGUUCGUGAUUUGUGGAGGUUGCCGAGAUACAUGGAAGGGUCUAUCGAGUUUGGCAUUUAAGGACCUAUGGCCAGUGAUCAAGCUCUCACUAUCAUCCGGCACAUCCAUUUGUCUCGAGCUGUGGUACAACACUGUGUUGGUUCUUCUAACAGGCAACAUGGAAAAUGCGGAGGUUUCCCUCGAUGCGCUCGCCAUCUGCCUCCACGUUAGUGGUUGGGAAAUGAUGAUCUCUUUCAGUUUCUUGGCUGCAGCAAGUGUUCGAGUAUCUAAUGAACUUGGAAGAGGGAGCGCAAGAUCAGCAAAGUUCUCAAUCAUGAUCGUAGUGCUCACAUCCUUCGCCAUUGGAUUUGUUCUCUUUGUGUUCUUCCUCUUCUUCAGGGGGCGUCUGGCUUAUAUUUUCACUGAGAGCAAUGAAGUCGCCAAUGCCGUGACUGAUUUAUUUCCUCUUCUGGCUAUUUCCAUACUUUUGAAUAGCGUCCAACUGGUGCUUUCUGGAGUAGCCGUUGGAGCUGGUUGGCAAAGCAUUGUAGCCUAUGUCAACAUCAUUAGCUAUUAUCUAGUGGGGAUUCCCGUGGGAGUGGCGCUUGCCUAUUUUCUAAAUAUGCAAGUGAAGGGCGUGUGGAUUGGAAUGCUGUUCGGAACUUUUGUUCAGACUGUAGUAUUGAUUGUUAUUACCUGCAAAACUGAUUGGGAUAAGCAGGUUCGCCGGAUUUUACCAUUCUCCAUCAAUUUCUGACGAUUGUGAAUUUGUGAGGAUCAAUAAGUCUCAACAUCCUUCUGCAGGUAUUACUAGCCCAAACACGUGUUAAU